GAAUUCUUCAGAACAUUUGAAAGAUUAGAUUGAUCAUGAACAUCUCUUAUUCCUAGUUGUUUGGAAUGCCGAUUUACGGAGUUGUGGGAGAUACAGUCGCUUAGGUUUCUAUAGUUACUGGGGAUGCAAUUGCUGAAAUCAUAUCGUUAUCUGCCAAGUCCCAGUUUUAUAUAAGCUUCCCCGUUAAUGUCUUCAUUUGGAAUGCUUGUAAGGCGAACGGCUAUCAUUGCUGUCUUCACAUUCUAGAGGCCGCGGGAAAUGCAUUGGGUAUUCGAAAACUGGCAGUGGGGUGGACUAAAGUAAACAUGGAUGCGGUGGCAGCAGAUUGGUCUUCGUUUAUAACGGAGGCGCUAGGAGUACAUGAAGCAAUGUUUUUGGCAAAGGAGAAAGUCUGGUCACGUACGAUUGUUGAAACAUAUGCUUUGUUAGUGGUGACUGGGAUUCAGGGAGAGUCGGGUUUAUCUUUUUAUGAUAUUAUUAUUAUUCUUGAUUAUAUUAGACAGAUGUUUCUAUCUGAUGAAAGCAUUGUUAUUAAUUAUUGUAUACGAUCUACGAAUUUGCUCAUAUUCUUGCUUGAGUGGACCUUUCUUUGUCAGAUUGUAAUGCCACCGAUUAUAGAUUGCGUUGUAAAUCUAUUGUCCAAUGAUUGUUUGAUCUAAUAUAUUUGAACGUUUUCC